GAGACAGAGAGUGAGAGAGAGAGAGAGAAGAGCGACCAGAGAAAAUGGUGGAUCCUGGGAGAGGUAGAGACACGGCCUCGACGGAGCAAGACCAGCGCCCCGGACAGUGAGCGACAUCCUUCUUUGGGGGGAGAACGGCGGUGCUGCGCAGACUAUGGAGGUAGACGAUCUAAAAGGCCCUAGCACGGACCAGAACGAACCAAAACCAGCAACCAAGAACACGCCUGCCGCCGAGACAAUUGAUUUGGAACAUACAGACGAGGGGAAUGGUACCAAACCAGCGCAAGUUGCCGAAGAAGACAACCGUUGCAAAUCAGAUAGGGAUGGACAAGAUGUCAAAGGAACAAAAAUGGGAAGCCAUUCAGAGCAGCAGCGGACGGAAGCCUUGGGGCAAUCGAGAGGGCGAUGGAUGAAGCAGUGAAGCUCGGAAAAAAAAUUGUCUUCGAACCAGCUGUGGGCAUGGCUUUCAACUCUGAGCAGGAGGCAUACGAGUUUUACAAUGCAUAUUCAUGGGAAGUCGGGUUUGGUAUCAAGUGUGGCAACAAGUACGUCAACGGCAACAAUUACAAAUCCAAACAAGAUAUAUUGUGCUCAUCCGAGGGCAAAGACAGUAAACAAAGCUCAAGAUCAUCCAGGACGCAAUGCCGGGCGAUGGUCAGGAUUCUACGGACCGAAGACGACGGUUGGUACUACGCCACAGUUGUGUUGCAGCACAACCACAUGAUGGCUGAAUCAAUAGGAGAAAGAAAAAUAUGGAAGUGCCACAACCACAUUGACUCAUCGGUUAAAGAGCUAGUGAGUCACCUUCAUCUAAACAAUGUUUCACUCACUAAGGUUGACGGCGUGAUGUCAGAUAUGCAUGGCCGGUACCAAGAUGUCCCUUUUCGGAAGAGGUCUCUGCAAAGCAUGUGUGCAGCAAUAGCACACGAGUCUAGCCAGGACGACAUCAACAAAACUCUUGCUUUGUUUUCAAGCAUGCAAGGUGAGAACAAAGGCUUCUACUUUGCGGUGAAAACCGAUGAGGAAAGAAGAGUAUCCGGUCUGUAUUGGUGCCACCAGAAGAGCAGAGCUGAUUAUACGUGCUUUGGCGACGUCGUGACCUUCGACACAACAUACAAGAGCAACCUGUACGAGAUGCCAGUGGGUAUGUUCGUGGGGGUAAACAAUCACCAUCAAUGCUGUGUUUUUGGCUGCGUCGUUCUCCGUGAAGAAACUGUCGAAUGUUUCGAGUGGGCUUACACAACUUUUCUGUCGUCGGUGGAGAACAAAGUACCACAGACGUUUCUAAUAGGUUAUCUUCUUUUCCCAACAAGCGCAAUGCAAAAAAUGUUUCUUAUUAGGCAUCUAGCAGUCUGUUUUCCCUAUUGCAGACCAAAGCAGGCAGAUGGAGCUUGCAAUAGCUGCUGUCAUGCCAACCACGACGCACCGAUGGUGCAAGUGGCACGUGUUCAAGAAGAUGAAGGAAAAGGUAGGUAAUUUAUAUAGGAAGGGUUCCGAAUUCCGCAUCGAAAUCGACAUGCUGAUCAAUGAGAUGAUGACUGUGGAUGAGUUCGAGAAAGAGUGGGAUACAUUAAUGUAUACUUACGGUCUGGAUAAGAACUCAUUCAUGAAGCAAGUCUAUGAUGUUAGAUAUAAGUGGGCAAAACCAUAUUUGAAGGAUAGCUUCUGCGCGAAAAUGUGCAGCACUCAAAGAAGUGAGUGCAUGAACAAUGUUUUGAAAAGUUAUGUAGCAAGAUCAGCACCCCUGAACAGCUUUGUUGUCCAAUUCAACAAACUGUACGCCGACAGAUGUUCCGAAGAGGACUAUGAGCAUGCCCAUAUA